AUGUGGCGGCGCACAUAUCUCACCCUCGUCCUGAUCAGGCUGUGGUUUGCGCUAUCACCUAGUUAUCUUCACCCAGACGAGAACUUCCAAGGCCCAGAGGUUAUUGCCGGCCAAAUUUUUAGCUACCCCGUUCGCCAUACUUGGGAAUUUACCAGCGAGAAUCCAGUUCGAAGUGUCUUUCCACUAUGGCCCGUUUAUGGUCUUCCCAUGCUCCUCCUACGGUGGCUAUGGAUCGGCAAUGGAAAAGAUGGCGAAAUUCCACCUAUUGCAGUUUUCUGGACUUUGCGCGUCCUCAUGUUUGCCAUAAGUUUUGUGCUUGAAGACUGGGCGUUACAUGAGUUGAUCCCGUCACCGAAGCACCGCCGUGUUGCCGUCCUUCUUGUCGCCUCGUCCUAUGUGACCUGGACAUAUCAGACACACACAUUCUCCAACUCGGUAGAAACACUUGUUGUUGCGUGGAGUCUUGUGCUCAUCCAGCGAGUCGCUGACCCACGGCAACGAUCAUGUGUGUUAUCUGCGACAGUACUCGGAAUAGUCGCAGUGUUUGGUGUAUUCAACCGCAUCACAUUCCCAGCAUUUCUGGCUGUUCCUGGGCUUCGACUGCUUCCAGUAUUCUGGAAAAGGCCUACAUCUCUCGUAUGCUUAACUCUAGCUGCAGCAGUGACAACUGUCAUUGCAAUCGGUCUGGACACCGCAUUUUACCUACCAAGCCCUAUCACAUGGACCGACUUGAUCCAUAAGCCCGUAAUCACCCCUCUUAACAACUUCAAGUACAACUCGGCGACCGAGAAUCUGGCCCAGCAUGGCCUUCACCCUUGUGUCUGGGUUGGUCGUAUUGUCGGUGUUUCAGCACCAAGAGGCAAGGUUCCUGCUACCGACGCAGUUUGGAUUGGGUUCAACCUUGUGCUCGGCUCCUUGAUGGGCAUCUACCAUCAAGGAGGUGUGGUGCCAGGGCAAGUCUUCCUGAGUCAGCAACCAGAUGCGACUCAGGCCAUUUGGUGGAAGACUUAUACACCGCCAAUCUGGCUCCUCAAUGGCAAGAAUGAAUUCUUGACAACGCGAGACGUUAUGGGUCUCAAGGGUGAACUACUUCUUGAGCAACUCAGUCAGCUCGCUACAUGCGACACUCCAGCCGACAGACGAAACCAGGAGUUUCUGAAGGAGAAGAAUGGAACAUAUCUGAUCGCCCCAGCAUCAGCGACAUGGCUAGACCCCUACCUGCCAAACAAGGGCUUGGAGGGGUUACGAUUUAGAGAGGUCUGGCGUUACAGAAAACACCUGAACCUAGAUGACAUGGAAUUUGGCGACGACGGCGUUUGGGACACCCUGGCCAGGGUCAUUGGGCGACGAGGCCUCGUCGCUUGGAGGGUAACAAAAAGCUGCCCAAGUUAA